AUGCCAAUCGUCAAGAAUUUCACACUCCCAAACUCGGCGAAGGAACUGGCGCUGAGUCCAAACUCAAAGUUGUUCAUUGCCUUCAUAUCUUCCACAGACCCCGUUACCAAGCAACCCUGGUGCCCAGACGUACGGGAUGCCUUGCCACAUAUCAACAAGGCAUUUGCCGAGAAUGAUGCACCGGAAUUAGCUAUCAUUGAGGUUGGACAAAAGCCCGAAUGGAUUAAUCUUCAAAAUGUCUACCGAACAGUGUGGAGUACCAAGAACAUUCCCGCCCUGGUACGAUAUCAGCAAGUGAACGGAAAAGUCACUGAAACGGGAAGAUUGGUGGAAGCGGAAAUCCUGGACAAGCAGCGUCUCCAAGCCUUCCUUGCCUAA